CCCGCCCACUGACGCGCCCGCCGGGGUGCCGCUAUAACCCGCGGCUCGCGGGGCUGCUCCAGAGCCGCGCGACGCCACCGCACAGGAGCAUCGCUGUCGCACCGCCGUCGGCAGCCCGACCACGCGUUCCCGCACACUCGCACCUCUCCCUUGACACGGCGGACGCCGGAGGAUUGGGGCGGCAAUUUGCCAUUUCCUUUUUUAAUUAAAAUUAUAUUUCUUGCGUAUUGUUGGAUUUGGGGUUUUUUGGUUUUUUUUACGAUUUUUAUUUGACUGAUAAAGACCCACUGAAGACGUGUGAGUGAGGUUUCCGGGAUACAGGAGCGGAGACCACCGAGGCGGCCGCGCGGGUCGGUGCACCGCCAAGGACAAAAGGAGCCCGGCGCUGCGAGCUGCACCCGAUUCCUCCCAGUGCUCAGCAUGAAGAAAUCCGAAAUGGGAAGGUUCAAUAUUUCUCCGGAUGAGGACAGCAGCAGCUACAGUUCCAACAGCGACUUCAACUACUCCUACCCCACCAAGCAAGCUGCUCUCAAAAGCCAUUACGCAGAUGUAGAUCCUGAAAACCAGAACUUUUUACUUGAAUCGAAUUUGGGGAAGAAGAAGUAUGAAACAGACUUUCAUCCAGGUACUACUUCCUUUGGAAUGUCAGUAUUUAAUCUGAGCAAUGCGAUUGUGGGCAGUGGAAUCCUUGGGCUUUCUUAUGCCAUGGCUAAUACUGGAAUUGCUCUUUUUAUAAUUCUCUUGACAUUUGUGUCAAUAUUGUCCCUGUAUUCUGUUCAUCUCCUUUUGAAGACUGCCAAUGAAGGAGGGUCUUUGUUAUAUGAACAAUUGGGACAUAAGGCAUUUGGAUUGGUUGGAAAGCUUGCAGCCUCUGGAUCAAUUACAAUGCAGAACAUUGGAGCUAUGUCAAGCUACCUCUUCAUAGUGAAAUAUGAGUUACCUUUGGUGAUCAAGGCGUUAAUGAACAUUGAAGAUACAACUGGAUUGUGGUAUCUGAAUGGUGACUAUUUGGUCCUGUUGGUGUCAUUGGUGCUCAUUCUUCCUUUGUCGAUGCUGAGAAAUUUAGGAUAUUUGGGAUAUACCAGUGGCCUUUCCUUGUUGUGUAUGAUGUUCUUUCUGAUUGUGGUGAUUUGCAAGAAAUUUCAGAUUCCUUGUCCUGUGGAAGCUGCUUUGAUAAUUAAUGAAACCAUAAACAACACUUUGACACAGCCAACAUCUUUUGCAUCUGAUUUGUCAUUUAACAUGACUGAAGAUGAUUCUUGCAGACCACGCUAUUUUAUUUUCAACUCACAGACUGUCUAUGCUGUGCCAAUUCUGACCUUUUCAUUUGUCUGUCAUCCUGCUAUUCUUCCCAUCUAUGAAGAGCUGAAGGGCCGCAGCCGUCGAAGAAUGAUGAAUGUGUCCAAGAUUUCAUUUUUUGCUAUGUAUCUCAUGUAUCUGCUUGCUGCCCUCUUUGGAUACCUGACAUUUUAUGAACAUGUUGAGUCAGAAUUGCUUCAUACCUACUCUGCUGUCGUGGGAAUGGAUAUUCUUCUUCUCAUUGUCCGUUUGGCUGUGUUAGUGGCUGUCACUCUGACAGUGCCAGUAGUUAUUUUCCCGAUCCGGAGUUCCGUAACUCACUUGUUGUGUGCCUCAAAAGAUUUCAGUUGGUGGCGUCAUAGUGUCAUUACAGUGGCUAUCUUGGCAUUUACCAAUAUGCUUGUCAUCUUUGUCCCAACUAUUAGGGAUAUCUUUGGUUUCAUUGGUGCAUCUGCAGCUGCUAUGUUGAUUUUUAUUCUUCCAUCUGCCUUCUAUAUCAAGUUAGUGAAGAAAGAACCUAUGAAAUCUGUACAAAAGAUUGGGGCUCUGUUCUUCCUGUUGAGUGGCAUAGUGGUGAUGAUCGGAAGCAUGACCUUGAUUGUUUUGGAUUGGGUACACAAUGCCCCCGGAGGUGGCCAUUAACCUGUACCACUCACUCAGUCCAUCUGAUGCCAGUGUUGAGUCAACUCAACUACUAUGAAAUUUCACCUAAUGUUUUCAGUUUCACUUCCUUUUGAAGUGCAGAUUCCUCGCUGGUUCUUCUGAGUGCAGAAUAAGUGAACUCUUUUUUUUUUUAAUUUUUUUUUAAGAAACUUAUAUCUGUAUGUUAGAAAUGGAUAUGAACAACAAAACCACGAGUCUCGGGUUAAGGGAAGUGACAAUUUUAUUCCAUUCCAGAGAAUGGACGAACUCUUAACUUUUAUGAAGCCACAUGUUUGGCUGUGUCAUUGUUUAACUUGGAUAUUUUAUGAUUUUACUUGAAUGUGCCUAAUGGAACCAUUCGAUGUGAAAAACAAUUCUUCUUAAUUUACAGCAAAGUAUUGAAAUAACCAUUGAGAAAAACACUAUUAUUUUUUGUACCAAAAAUACUUAAAGACCUCAGAAGCACUAUUUUACUUUUAAGAAAUUGCUUUUUUUGAACUUUAUCCAGAAACAGUUGUCAGUAAGUUCCGUAAAAGAAUUUCA